UGAGCUGCUGCUGGAAGCUGAGACAGUGUGGGAAGGCGGAGAGAAAAGGGGGUGCGGGAAAUUUAAAAAGAUGGGAAAGGCGCUUCCCUUUUUUCUUAGUCCCUUUCCUGUUGAUUUCUGGACGAAUGCUUCUUUCUUGGACGAAGAGCAUGAAGACGCUGCUUUAUCUAACAGUUACCUUGGAGGAAACGCCGUCGUUCUUCCAGAAGGGAGAUCUGGCCCUGGGUCCCGGACUCUAAGAUCAGUGCGAGAUCCCGGCUUUGCGCCCUGUCCGCCCUGGAGCUGGAUUUAUCAUCAGUUUAGAAUAGCAUGGCUACGAUGUGUGGUGUGGAUGGAUGGACGAGCCCCGCAAGUGCAAACAAGACAGUCCAGGUUACCUGACAAAGCAGCCACCAGUGCAACAGCUCUCCAAGAUCAGGCCUAGGUCAAUCACUGACAGGACUAAAAGCACCAAGAAGGUCUGGAUCAUUGUGGUGCCUCUCUCCAAAAACUGGUGACAAAAAUUGAAAUCAACCAGCACACCAGGAUCCUCUGUGGCAAGACAGAGAUGAUGACGUAGGCCACUGUCAUCUGGCACUGUGGUUCCUUCACAACAACAAUGGCUGGUGGGUCCAGGAUUUACAACACCACUUCCACUGUCACAGUCAAAUCAGCCAUCAGGGACUGAAGGAAAUGAAAGACCAGUAGAAGUGCUACCGUGUGAGCAGCCCUGACCUACAAUAAACGAGUUCGUUACUAUGACAAACUUAUAAUAAAAAGUGUUGGUUGAGUAA